AUGGCAACACAGAGCAACAAAGAGGUUUUCUUGGGUGGAUUCAUGAAUCUUUUUAAACAACAAUGGGAAGUUGAUGUACUCCUCAAGGCCGGAGAGAGUCAUGAUGAUGAGUGUGCAUCACRACCUAUCUCUGCACACAAAUUUGUUCUGGCAGCAAGAUCAGAGGUGUUUAAGAAGAUGCUAGAAUCAGACAAGCUCAAGGAUUCGGUUAAGCUAGAGACGAUCACUCUUUCUGAUAUGAAAGAUGAAGAAGUUGAGGCUUUAGUUGAGUUCAUGUAUAGUGUUGAUGGCUCUAUUUCUAAGGAUGUUCUCAAGAAACAUGCUCAGUCUCUCUAUUUCGCAGCGGACAAGUACGUGAUUCCGCAUCUACGGGACUUAUGCAGAAGCCAUCUAAUAUCAUCUCUUAACUCGUCUAAUGCUCUUAACAUCCUUGAGCUCGCCCAAACCCCUUUUGACAAAGCCCUCAACGAUGCGGCCUUUGCUACUAUCAAAACCAAGAUAAGCGCGAUUGCUAACUCCGCUGAGUUCAAGGUUUUCGUAGUCAAUCACCCAAAUCUGGCUGUGGAGAUAAUGAAGGCUUCUAUUACUCAUCUAAGUUCCAUUACUGAGCCGAGUUCUAUUACUCAGUCUAUUAACUACAGUUGUCAUUAUUGUGGUCGCUACUGCUAA